AUGAAGAUUGCUUAUUUUAUCUGCUUCAUUGUCUUUGGAGUUUUUGCUGACGAUAAGUAUUACGAUAGUCGUUACGACUAUUACGACAUAGACUACUUUGUGCAAAAUCCCCGCCUGUUAAAAAAGUAUAUAGAUUGUUUUUUGGAUAAAGGGCCGUGCACACCGAUUGGACGAGUUUUUAAGCUUAUUUUACCAGAAAUAGUGAUAACUGCGUGUAAUAAAUGCUCACCAUCCCAAAAGAGAUUUGCUCACAGGACAUUUGAAGCUUUCCGAAAUAAAUUACCACAGAACUACGCUGAGCUGAGGAGAAAACUUGAUCCUCAAAAUAAACAUUUCAACACAUUCUUAAAGUCCAUAGCAACAAAUAGCUAA